GUUUACCCAGAGACAUGUUGAUUAAAAGCGGUUCAUAACUUACAGAAAAGCAGCAAGUAAAAAUAAAGCUCUCAGUUUUUUGUUUUUGUUUCCCAGGCGCAUGCAACAUGCAGCAGACAGAACAGAGACAUGACAGAUCGUGCACAACCUGUGGAGCAGCAGCAGCGUUCGCGGCUGUCGUGGGAACGUCAGCAAGGUUUGGUCGGGAAACGGCUGCAGCGUGACACUGCAGAGACUCUGUCCUUUUCCCUUCGUGCGUGUGUGUUUCAUGGACGGAUGAAAUGAUGGAUGGAUAGAGACCGAGGCAACCCUGAGCCACAGUGAAAGACCGUGCACACACACACGUCAGCUCGGGGAGGGCAAAGCCUGCUUGAAAUGCAGCGAAUGUGACAGUCGAGCUGAGAGUCCAGACUACAGCAGCGCGUGGUGGGAAAGGUGAACGUGGAGGGGGGGCACAAACAUGCCAGCGGAGCCAGCUCACCCCCAGACGUUACGCACUGAGAAAAGCGAGAAGGACACGCGGAGACGCACAGCUGGUUUCCAAAUACGCGCGGAGGUGUCGAGGGGGAACAGAGAGGACUGAGGUGCGGGAAGCGUCGCCCUUGUCCGGGGGGUUGGGGGGGAUGACAGUGGUGUCCGGAGAGAACCUGGAAGAGACUGUGGCACUGGCCACGCUGUCGGCGCAGGAUGUGUAUGACCCAGAGAGAGUCGAUAGCCAGGAGUGCUGCGAGCGGGUGGUCAUCAACAUCUCCGGGCUGCGCUUCGAGACGCAGCUGAAGACGCUCGCACAGUUCCCCUGCACUCUGCUGGGGGACCCGCGCAAGAGGAUGCGCUUCUUCGACCCGCUGAGGAACGAGUACUUCUUCGACAGGAACCGACCCAGCUUCGAUCCCAUCCUCUACUACUACCAGUCCGGGGGCAGGCUCCGGAGACCCGCCAACGUGCCGAUGGACAUUUUCAUGGAGGAAAUUAAAUUUUACGAACUGGGAGAGGAGGUGAUUGAGAAUUUUAAGGAGGAUGAGGGGUUUAUUAAGGAGGAAGAGCGCCCGCUGCCUGAGAACGAGUUCCAGCGGCAGGUCUGGCUCCUGUUUGAGUACCCGGAGAGUUCCGGACCCGCCAGGGGGAUCGCCAUAGUUUCCGUGCUGGUUAUUCUCAUCUCCAUUGUGAUUUUCUGCAUGGAGACUUUACCCGAGUUUAGAGAGGAUGUCAGAACGUUUAGCGAACAGACGCUGGUGAACGGAACCGUGCGCGCAAAUAAGCCAAACCCAUUCACAGACCCGUUCUUCAUCGUGGAGACGCUGUGCAUCAUCUGGUUCUCCUUCGAGCUGCUGGUCAGGUUCCUCGCCUGCCCCAGCAAGCCCGCUUUCUUUAAGAACAUCAUGAACACCAUCGAUAUCGUGGCCAUCAUCCCCUACUUCAUCACGCUGGGGCUGGAGUUAGCAGAGCACCAGGGGAACGGACAGCAGGCCAUGUCGCUGGCUAUCCUCAGGGUGAUCCGCCUGGUCCGGGUCUUCAGGAUCUUCAAGCUCUCCAGACAUUCCAAGGGGCUCCAGAUCCUAGGGAAGACCCUGCAGGCCAGCAUGAGGGAGCUGGGACUUCUUAUUUUCUUCCUCUUCAUCGGAGUCAUCCUCUUCUCCAGCGCGGUGUACUUCGCGGAGACCGACGUCCCGGACUCGGGAUUUAGCAGCAUCCCGGAGGCGUUCUGGUGGGCGGUGGUGUCCAUGACUACUGUAGGCUACGGCGACAUGUGUCCGGUUACCAUCGGGGGGAAGAUCGUGGGCUCCCUGUGCGCCAUCGCCGGGGUGCUAACCAUCGCGCUCCCGGUGCCGGUCAUCGUGUCCAACUUCAACUACUUCUACCACCGGGAGACGGAGCACGAGGAACAGUUCCAGUACACGCACGUGACCUGCGGCCAGCAGCAGCCGUCGUUUGGAGAGUUCAAGAAGAGCGACAGCAAACCGUCCCUGUCCAAGUCGGACUACUUGGACAGGGACGAUGCGGACUCCAUCAAGUACACCAACUGCAGCCCGCACAAAGCCUACACCGCCAAGCUCACCGAUGUAUGAUUUUUAUUACACAGUUACGCAUGAGCGGCGCCGAGAGGGAGUCUGUCAGCGUCAUUCUGCAUUCUGGUUUGAGUUUAGACUGGCGAGCUCCUUAUUUCUGCCAUCAAAGGGAAUCAUUUAAAUCACCCCGUGGAUGGAUUUUACAAGAAUUCGCAUUUACUCCCCUGUAGUCUUCCAUUACGCGCGUCAUUGGUGGGAAAAGGCUUAGAGAAGACCAGCCUUUAGCCAAGUGUAGCACUUUAUUAUUAUUAGUGUUUCUCUCAGUAAAUGUAAUUUAUUGCCCUAAUGAUGCAGGUUUAACGUUUACAUUUGCUUCUGAGACACAACACAGGACUAGUUUAUUGUAAAUGUAUAGACUGAGGCACCUGCUGGCUGUUGUUAUUAUGGUCCCGUACACACAGCUGGAUAUUCUAUUCAGGCUGUAUGGUAUCAGAGUCGUGAACUUUUAGGAUCAUAAUUUCUUCCACCCUACCGCAGAUAAUCUGAUCCACCGCUGAGCCCCAGAUCUUAGUUUAUUUAAUCAGGUUUACAAAGCGGGUUUCGGUACAAGGAGCCUGUAAGACAAAAAUCAGGGCACAGGCACCCUGUUAUUGACACGCACGCCGCAGUGUUUGUAAAAGCAUUAUGAAAUCAGGUGCAGCUUUUCUUAACCAAGAGCGCCCCUAUGUGGAUGAAAGCAGACGCUGCAUCUUAUCAGGGGAUGCAGUUUCUAUAGCAACUGCCCAGACUUUUCUGUAUUGUCUACAGGGCUGAAAGAAGCCGAGGCUGGAGAGACGGGGCUCAGUGAGGCCAGACAACCACCAUGUUGUAGAAACCUCCAUGUUGUUUGAUUUCACCAGCUGAGACUUGAAGCAUCACUUCAGUCUUUAACAGCCACCAAUAACUGGUCAUUUAUACCCUAUUUCAAUCCAAGUAUCUGACCUGCUGUCUGUGCACCUUAGUCACACAAAGGACAGGACCCACACGAGGGUCCAGAUAUGGGCUGCAACCCGUGAUUAUUGCAACUGUCUGCUAUUUCAGGCUAUAAAAGUGACAAAAACCAGAUUAAAUGCCCAUCACAUAUUCACAGAGCCCAUAGUAAUAUUUUUAAAUUGUACAUUUUUAAAGCUAGAACAUCAUAUAUAAUAGUUUAGAGGUUGACUGAUACUGAUUUUAGAGGCUGAUAUGUAGGCACACUGAUGUUUUAGAAGAAAGGCGAACAGUGUUCUAGCUGAGCAGUGUUCUCCUUAAAGAACUACUGUAGUUGUACUGUAGUGAUAAUAAUGGAUCAAUUCUAUGUUCAAAUUGUCAUGAUAACUGGAUGUCAUCUAUCCACUGAGGAGGAUCAAACAAUGCGAUCAGAAGCUUCACAACAGCUACUAAACGGACGCUGCAGUGAUAUUUGUCAUAACCAAUCAACUGAAUGGAAAACAUCCGUUAGUCACAUGACCCAAAAACAGAGAAAUUCAGAUCUGAAUUUAUAAAGUUUAAGUUUCUAAAUUUCCAAAUGACCCUGAAGAAAAACACCAAAUUUAGACAGAUGGCAUCAUUUACAGUUCAACAUUAGGUGUUUAAUUACAUAUAGCAAAUUAUUUUGGCACAUUUUCCUUCCAUAUCGCUGCACUGUGUUUCUGUAGUGACUGACAAUAUUAUGGGAUGAAUUACAUAAAAGCCCUGAAUCUUAAAUGUCGACUGAUUUCAUCACUCUGUGAGAUUAGAACUAGAGAGAGCAGCUCACCUGCUGGAUUCGAGGUUUCCAUAAUUAGCUCAACUGGACUCUGGGGACAAAUCAUUCAACCUAACCUCCUGGAAAAAAGGGGGACUUUUUUAGCAGACUGAUGGAAUAUCAAAUGGACCGAGCAAAGGUUUUCAUCACAGGUGUUUGUUGGAUUAUCUUCUGACGGGCAGAUGUGUGGAGUUUAACUGCUGAGACAUUAACACACAGACUGACGGACGACACUUCAGUUCUGACGACAUCGGCUUCACAACACGGAGAGAGGCUCCACACAGAGGGGCAGAACAAGGAGCCACUCCUCCACUAUGCUUUGUCAAACCAAAAGAGUACAACAUCCUUGCUACCACCACUCCUCCUCCUCCUCCUCCUCCUCCUCUUCUUGAUGAAGUAAAACAAACUCUGGAUAAAAGCCCUGACGCUCACACAGAGCCAGGAGACGUCUUUGCAUUACAGCAGCAUCCUGGCUGCUGUUUGCACAGAGUGAAGCUACAUUAGAGAUUCCGAGGUACGACACACGUUACUUGAAUCAUCGUGCUACAUGUCUGCUGGCUAACAGAGUCCUCCAAAUAUUCAAGAACACGUUUUUCAGGAGACUGCUCCUGUUGCUGCAGAGAAACCUGUUAAGUCCUGUCUGUACAUUGCAUAAUCAUAUUGAAGCAAAAACAUAAUAUUGUAUGCUUUGAAAGUAGAGCAUAUGAACCGAAGAAAGCAAGCCUCAACCCAGCAGUUCUACUUUGAAAUAUGGGAACAACAACCACAACUCAUCAAUAUCUGUUCAAAUGAUAAUUCUGUUUGACUAACAGCGCAGUUAGUUGAUAAAUCUCUACUUUUUACUUUACCUUCCUAAUAUAUACUUUAUCAUACUGUAUAUGUUUUAUAAGGAGAGGAAUUGAUUUAACCUCAUGAAUUAUUUUGCAGGUUUUUAACAUUUUUCUAAUGUGUUUUGUUUUGUUUUUUUGCCUUGGUAAAAAAGAUGCAGCUCCUGCGGGCAGCUCUGAUGAAGAUGUCUGCCUGCAGAAAACACUAAAAAACAAAAAAAUCAUCUGCCCCCAAAAGAUGAAUGUUUGUGCUAGAGAUGAAAACAAAGACAGCUGAAAUGCAUUAACUACAGACAUUUGACAUCUGAUUUUCUUUCAGUAAUUUUGAAUGUUUUUGUUUGGGUUUUUGAUCAGAAUGCUGUAAUAUCUGUUCUAUCAGUAACAUCUACCUCGUUACCAACAGAAGCUUUAACACCUGAAUGAUGAUGUGUCCCUCCAUUAUCUGACCAUGGUUGUGUUUUUAAAUGCCUCUCUGUAACUGCCUGGUGUAUAUAAGUAAAUCCACACACUCUAUAAACUGCCAUUUAAUAACUUAGUAAAGUCCUAAAAAUGCUAAAGAUGCCAGAAGAAAUCAUCACAAUUAACUACGGUUGAAUACAUAUGAAGCCAGCAUUGGCUGUUUAAUGGAAUGUCAUUGAAUAUCAUAUGUCAUCCAGCCUGAUAUGAUUGUUUCCUUUGCACAUUUAUUAAUUUAUUUGUGAAACUGUAAUUGUUAAGUAUGUGUGAGAAAGUGUGACUAUUGACAAAUAAUUGUUGAUUUAAAAGGCAAUAAUGUGCUGUAGAAGGUUUCCUGCCAUUUAAUAGGUGGUCAGCCUGUCUUAAAGAACCGCUAAACUGUUUCACUACACUGAGGUUUUAGUUGAAGUGAGAUGGAGUUAAAUGUCAGCUGAUGAUCUAAAAUGUUUGUUUCGGAGAAGAAAACUGUUCUGGGGUUGAUGUUUACUCCUUGUCAAUUUCACACUGGUGUCAGAUAAAGGAAUGGUUGGCCACUUUGGUAAAUUGUCUUGUUAACUGUCUUCACUGUGUUUGAGGAAAACUGAGUUUUAUCACAGUGUCCCAAAAAAAAGAUAGGCCGAGGACACGUUUAGCCUAACUUAGCCUAGCUUAGCACAAAGACUGGAAGGACGUCUAUCAAAACCUAAAAGUAUUCUUAUUCAAACAUUGAAGGAUAAGAAAUCUAAAAAUAAGACAUUUUGAUUUUAAGUGCAGGUUGCAAUGGAGCCAAGUGUAGACUGACUGCCGCUGUGAUAACACUGAAAAACGUCAUAAAAUAUUCCAUCCACAGUCCAGUUAAAAUGCCUGGUUUACACAUACAACGCAGGCCCAGGACACGGUUAGUCUAGCUAGCACAAAAGCAGAGGAGAAACCGCUGCCCCAACAGCUAGCAUAAUUAAUGCUACGUUAGCUGCUUUGCAGUUGUGGUUGUUAUGCCGCACUUACACACACUGUUAGGAGAAGGGGAAGAACAUGAAAACCAUAUGUUAUUCUGACCUAAUUUCAAGAUGGUUGCGUUACAAUUAGCUAUAUAAUAACGCAUUUAAAUAGCUCCUUUUGUUGUGUUAUGUAGACCCUUUAAAUAUUAGGAACAACAGUGGUGAUGCUGAUAGAUCAGUGAACAUUCUGCAGUUUGUUUCCUAGAGUUUGAAGAUCAGUUUUAUCUCUGUGCCUAAGUUCAUCUGAAAUGUCUUAUUAUAGAAAUAUCACUGUCACAAAUGUAUUUUCCAAUGAAAUUCAGCAUUUUAAAAAAAGUAUCCAGUAUCAUAAAUACAUUUCAGGCAACUGUAACAAAUGAAGCUGCUGGAAAAUCAGCUGAUCAGUGAAUCAUGAUUUUAAUUGUGGAUAGCCUUACGUACAUGCAUUAUGAAGCGCCGCUUCCUGUACCAGCUGCUGCUCAUGAAUACUCUGCUGUUUAUACUCAAUCUGUGGUUUCCAACUGCUUGCACUCGUUGCACUAUGCUAGACUAAACACUAUGCUAGACAUUGUUCCCAAAAUGUUUACCUCUUUAUUAUCAUCACAAAAUGUUGGUACCAUCAACCCUCCAGCAUCAACUCUGCAGUUUGGUCGGGCUGUAAUUCUGCUUUGCUUUGACAUAAAUCAGCCCAGGGAGAUUUCAGUUUGACAGUCACUGGUGAGUGGGCAUUAGCUGGGAGCAUUAAUGUAUUCUGCAGAGUGUAUGUGCAAUAUUAAUAAUAUAACAUUUCGCUAGCAAGUGCAGCAAAGUCCUGAAAGACUUGUCAGAUUUCCACAUAUUUAACCAUCACUUUGAUACAUGUAACAUCCAUAGUGAUCUCAGACAUCUUCAUGCUCCAUUAUCAGCUGCAGAGUUCAGUUCAGGCAUGUCAAGAAAAUGUCUCAUCUUCAGGAAAAAAUAAAAAGCAGCAAUGGCGUUUGUGUGUGUGUGUGUGUG